AUGAUUACGGAUUAUCAGGACCAGAAGGAUUUCCAAUCCUGGAAGUGGAACUUUGUGUUAGCUGUCCACGCACGGCAUCAACCACAUGAGAUCCAUCGUGAAUUUCUAUUCUCAUCACCACACUCAAACAUCCUCUUCGCUCUCAACAUCCUCAACACAGCAAACAUAACCAGUCAGAACAACAACACCAAAAACACCACCAAGAUGUCUUCUGAACAGUACCUUGCCGGCAAGACUGCCAUCGUCACUGGCUCUUCCAAGCUCAACGGCAUUGGCGCUGCAGCAGCCCUUUCUCUUGCCAAGCACGGUGCCAACAUCGUUGUCCACUAUGCUUCUAGUGCCGAGGGCGCUGAAAAGGUCGUUCAAGAAAUCAAGAAAUUCGGAGUCCAAGCAAUUGCUGUUAAAGCAGAUUCAUCAUCGGAAUCCUUCGGAACAGAUAUCGUCAAAGCAACUCUCGAAGGGCUGAACACGCAAACAAUUGACAUUGUCGUGAACAACGCAGGCCAAGCAACUUUCCACCCCGAAAUCGCCGCCGUUCCAGCAAUAGCUUGGGACGACAUCUUUCGCACCAACGUACGAGGUCCCUUCCUCCUCAUCCAAGCGGCUCUUCCUCACAUGCCUCGUGGCGGCCGUAUUAUCAACAUCGGCAGCAUCGCAGGCAAGCUCGGCAUUUCUCCCUUGACUGUGUACGGCACUUCCAAGGCUGCUUUGACGUUCAUGUCGACUGCUAUGGCGGGCGAGUUGGCGGGCAAGGGCAUCACUAUCAAUGUUGUUUCGCCCGGUCCCACCGCUACGGAUAUGACCAUGGAGGGUACACCGAUUGGCGAGAUUUUGAGGAGUCAUCAAGUUGAUAAGAGGGAGGGUACACCCCAGGAGAUUGCUGAUGCUGUUUUGUUUGUCGCGAGUCCCGGGUUGAGUUUUAUGACUGGGCAAGUUAUUCCUGUUGAUGGAGGAAUCCAUAUGCCAUAG